GUUUGCAGCCACACGGCGUGUUUAUAAUAAAGGAGAAUCAUGUUCCUAACUAUGCUUAGCAUCUUUUUCAUUUUUUCUUUGUACUUAAUUUUAACAAAAAUAAUUUUCUACCGAUGUCGCAAUAAAAAUGGAAAAGAAUGUUUAAUUCGUUUGAUCAGCAAUCAACGAAACAUUUCCUUGAUCCGAUCCUUAAACACUUCCGAUUAUAAUAAGCUUGUUUCCGAUGGUGUUCGAGCACUCCUGAUCACAGCACAUCCAGACGAUGAAUGCAUGUUCUUCGCACCAACAAUAUUGAGGCUCUUGGAAUUAAAUGCCUCGGUUCAUUUACUAUGUUUGUCUUCAGGUAAUUACUACAAUCAAGGUAAUCAACGUCAAAAAGAGCUGCUGGACAGCUGUGAUGUCUUGGGAAUACCAUCCUCUCAAGUUAUCAUUGUUGAUAACAAAGAACUUCCGGAUAGUCCUGCUGUGGAAUGGAGCAUCCAGCUCAUCUCCUCCCUGGUCCUGAAGCAAGUUAAAGAAAGUUCCAUCAACCUGGUGCUGACUUUUGAUAUCUGCGGAGUGAGUGGUCAUGCCAACCACAUUGCAAUCUACAAGGCACUCAGGUAUCUGGGUUCAAGUGGAAGAAUUCCUGAUGGAUGCUGCUUCCUCUCCCUGCAAAGUAUCAGCAUUAUCAGGAAGUACCUCUCUAUACUGGAAUUGCCCAUCAGCUGGACCCGUGCGUCAGACUACUCCACCGUUGCCACUUGGAAACAGUACAGGCGAGCCAGGGCGGCCAUGCUUCGUCACCGCAGCCAGUUACUGUGGUUUCGCCACCUCUACCUGCUCUUCUCCCGGUACAUGCUCAUCAACACAUUUCAAGUUAUCGUAGCAAAGGAGAAAGACCUGAAAAGCCAGUAGCUGUGGAUCCUCGAACUUGGGAGCCCCAGCCCACGAGGCGUCUCUGUAACACACCCUGGUGUUGUGACAUCCCACAGCAUUGUGCGUGAUUUGACGUGACUGUGUCACAUGACAAGAGUGUGCAUCAUAAUCGUGAUUUGACGUGACUGUGUCACAUGACAAGAGUGUGCAUCAUAAUCGUGAUUUGACGUGACUGUGUCACAAGACAAGAGUUCGCAUCAUAAUCAUGAUUUGACGUGACUGUGUCACAUGACAAGAGUGUGCAUCAUAAUCGUGAUUUGACGUGACUGUGUCACAUGACAAGAGUGUGCAUCAUAAUCGUGAUUUGACGUGACUGUGUCACAUGACAAGAGUGUGCAUCAUAAUGCGACUGUGCCUCACAUGACACAACAUUUAACAUGUACGAUAAAGUAGGAAAAACAGCGAAAUUACAAAUGGGUCAAGUAUUUUUUUGCAAUAAAUCUUUAAGGCCUUAAAUUUCUAAUUCUGGUUAAAGCAAUGUGUAAAAUUACUUAAGAGAUUCAUCAGAUAAAUUUAAUGACUUUGUCUAUAUAUAAACAUACCGAAUCAUAUGACACUGUUACACCCCCAUACAAUUACAAUGCUAUUUAUGUACAAGCUGUAAUUACACAGAGGUUCAAUAAAGCACUGGUGGGGGGGCUUGGUUUCGGUAAAGGUU